AGUGACGCGUGGCGUAGACCACGACGGGCUGCGCCUGUCACACCCGCGGCUUGUUGCGGAGGAGCAGCGGGCGCCAUGGCGGUUCUGCUGGAGACCACUCUGGGCGACGUCGUCAUCGAUCUGUACACCGAGGAGCGGCCGCGCGCCUGCUUGAAUUUCCUGAAGUUGUGCAAAAUAAAAUAUUACAAUUAUUGUCUUAUUCACAAUGUACAGAGGGAUUUUAUUAUACAAACUGGUGAUCCUACAGGGACUGGCCGUGGAGGAGAGUCUGUUUUUGGUCAACUGUAUGGUGAUCAAGCAAGCUUUUUCGAGGCUGAAAAAGUACCAAGAAUUAAGCACAAGAAGAAAGGCACUGUGUCCAUGGUGAACAAUGGCAGUGAUCAACAUGGAUCUCAGUUUCUUAUUACUACAGGAGAUAAUCUAGAUUACCUUGAUGGUGUUCAUACGGUGUUUGGUGAGGUGACAGAAGGCAUGGACAUAAUUAAGAAAAUUAAUGAGACCUUUGUUGACAAGGACUUUGUACCAUAUCAGGAUAUCAGGAUAAAUCACACAGUGAUUUUAGAUGAUCCGUUUGAUGACCCUCCAGAUUUAUUAAUCCCUGAUCGAUCACCAGAACCUACAAGGGAACAGCUCGAUAGUGGUCGAAUAGGAGCAGAUGAAGAAAUUGAUGAUUUUAAAGGAAGAUCAGCUGAAGAAGUAGAAGAAAUAAAGGCAGAAAAAGAGGCCAAAACUCAAGCUAUUCUGUUAGAAAUGGUGGGAGACCUACCCGAUGCAGAUAUUAAACCUCCAGAAAAUGUGCUGUUUGUGUGUAAAUUGAAUCCAGUGACCACAGAUGAAGAUCUGGAGAUAAUAUUCUCAAGAUUUGGGCCAAUAAGAAGUUGUGAAGUUAUCCGGGAUUGGAAGACAGGAGAAUCCCUUUGUUAUGCUUUUAUUGAAUUUGAAAAGGAAGAAGAUUGUGAGAAAGCAUUCUUCAAAAUGGACAAUGUACUUAUAGAUGACAGAAGAAUACAUGUGGAUUUUAGCCAGUCUGUUGCAAAGGUUAAAUGGAAAGGAAAAGGUGGGAAAUACACCAAGAGUGAUUUCAAGGAGUAUGAAAAGGAACAGGAUAAACCAUCUAAUUUAGUUUUGAAAGAUAAAGUAAAGCCCAAGCAGGAUGCGAAAUACGAUCUUGUACUAGAUGAGCAAGCAGAGGAUCCGAAAUCAAGUCACUCCCACACAAGUAAGAAACACAAGAAGAAAACUCGUCACUGCUCUGAAGAAAAAGAAGAUGAAGACUAUAUGCCGAUCAAAAAUACUAAUCAGGAUAUCUACAGGGAAAUGGGGUUUGGUCACUAUGAAGAAGAGGAAAGCUGUUGGGAGAAACAAAAGAGUGAAAAGAGAGACCGACCUCAAAACCGAAGUCGUAGCCGAUCUCGAGAAAGGGACGGCCACUACAGUAACAGUCACAAAGCCAAAUACCAAACAGACCCCUAUGAAAGAGAACGGAGUAAAAAGAGAGACCGAAGCAGGAGUCCCAGGAAAUCCAAAGAUAAAGAAAAAUCCAAGUACAGAUGAAAGACAGAGAAUCAGACAUGGGUGGCUAAUGUAUUUACUGUUGUCUAACUUGGAGCACCAGGUACUCAGAUAUUGUGUCAAAGCAUCAGAGACUCUGCUUAUUUUUUUUUCACACUAGGGUUAUGGCCCUUUCCGAUUAAUACUGAUUGUAUAGGGCACAGAAAGACAAUAAAAAGUUGAACAUUUUCUUUGUAUACUUUUGUACACUAAUUUUAUUGUUAUACAUAAAUAGUGGUCUUCAUUUUUCAAGUCUUUCACAUUUUCCACUCUUCUCUUUUUUAAAUGAAGUAUUUCAUACCUACAAAAAUUCACAGAUGUGUAUAUAUAAGGUAUAAAGAAUAGUAAAUAUUUGUGUACCCAUGAGCCAGCUCAAGAAAUAGAGUAUCACCUGCAUUUUAGAAACCCUCUGUGUGUUCUCUCCUCAAGUGAUGAUUAUUCUGAAUUUUCUAUUUGUCAUUCUCCCGCUUGUUAUAGUUUUACAACAUAUGGAUGUAUUCGUAAAUAAAAUGUUAAGUUUUGUAUGUUUUUGAAUUUUAUAUAAAUAGCAUAAUGUAUGUUUACUUCUGUGACUUGCUUUUUUCAGCUUAGUAUAUUUUGAGAGUCAUUCAUUUUUAUUGCUUUAUAGUGUUGUAUCAAUAGACCACAAUUUACCCAUUCUUCUGUUAGUGGACAUUUGGGGUUGGUUUGUGUGUUUUUGUUUUUGCUAUUGCAAACAAUGCCGCUGUGACCAUUCUGUAUAUAGGAGAGAUAUCGCUUGCUCACGCAGUAUGGAAAUCCUCGUCUUUGUAAGAUAAUGCCAAGCUGUAUUCUACAGUGGCCGAACCAGCUUACACCCCGACGCGCGUUAUGUGACUUACCUUUGUUUCGCAUUCUCUCCAGCGCUUCUUAGUUUCCCACUUUUCAAUUUUGUCAAUUUAGUGGACGCGUAGUGGUAUCUUCUUGUGCUUUCCAGCAAGAAGACUGCUAUUAUUCUUAUAUUUGUUCUAAUAUAUGUAACUUGUUCUCUUCCUCUGGCUGCUUUUAAGGUUUUCUCACUGCUGUUAAGAAAUUUGAUUAUGAUGUGCUUGGUGUAGUUUUUUCAUCAUUCUUCUGCUUGGGCUGUUUACCUGUGGGUUUAUGGUUUUCACCAGGUUUGGAAAAUUUGGGGCUAUUAUUUAUUCAGUUACUUUUUGCUGUUUUCCCUCCUCUCAGCCCUCUCCUAAGACUCCCGAUUACUUGUAUGUUAGGCUGUUUGAAGUUGUCGCACGUUACACUGAUGCUCCAUUUGGGUUAAGUCUUCUUCUCUGUUCCGUAUUGAAUAGUUUCCAUUGUUAUGUCCUCACAUUCAUUAAUCUUUUCUCCUGAAGUAUGUAAUCUUCUCUUAAUCCCACCCAGUGUAGUAUUCACCUCAGACAUUAUUUUUAAUUUUAGAAGUUCUGUUUGUGUCUUUUUUAUAUCCCCCAUGCCUCUCCUUAACAUGCUUAUGCUUUCCUCCUUUUUUUUUUUUUUUUUAAACACCCAGAGUACAUUAAUAAUAGCUGUUCUAAUGUACUUGGCCAUUCUAUCAUCUGUAUCAUUUCUGGUCUGUUUCUAUUGAUUGAUUUUUUUUCCCCCCACCCAUUAUUGAGUUGUAAUUUACUUUGUAUCCCUGGUAAUUUUUGGAUUUUACGUUGUUGUGCACUAGAGUUUUUGUAUUCCUUUAAAUAUGUUGAGCUUUUUCUGGAACAUAAUGAAGUUACUUGGAAACAGUCUGAUCCUUUCGUAGCUUGCUUUUAAGCUUAAUGAGGCGCUAGGGCUAAUUUGGCUCACCACGGGAGUAAACCCUUCUGAAUACUCUCCACUAUGCUUUGUCUUUUAUGAGAUUUCCCCUCUCUGGCUAUGGGAACAAGAACUAUUUUGAGCCCUAUAUGAACUCCCAAAUUGUGCUGCCUGUUCUUUUCUGGUGGCUCUUUCCCACCUUUGGGUAGUUUCCUCAUGUGCAUACACUGAUUAGUAUUCAGCUGAAGACUCAGGCAAACCCUCUGUAGAUCUGGAACUCUCCCUUUGUAGUUUCCCCUCUUUCCAAUUCUCUGCCCUACAAACUUUAUCUUGGCUCUCCUGCAUUCUCUGCCCAUGGAGACUCCCUAUCACCACGCUAUAGUGUGGACACUGUGCGGUAACCUCAGACAAUUAUUGGACUUGCCUUGUUCUUCUCUCAAGAGUCACUGUCUUGCACUGGCUGUUGUCCAGUGUCUGAAAAACUUUGUAGUAUAUUUUCUGUACAGGCUUUUAGUUGUUUAACAUGGGGAAGGUAAAUUCUGCUCCUGUCACUGCUUUCUGGCCAGAGUAGAAAUCUUAGUGUUUAAAUUUGCAUUUCCUAAAUGCUGACAAUGUUGAGUAUCUUUUCAUAUGUAUUAUAGUCAUUCUUGAUUGCUUUCUGUGAAAAGUUUCACAUGUCUUUUGCCCAUUUUAUGUGAAGUUGUCUUUUUAUUACAGAUUUCUUUGAGGAGUUUUUCUUAUGGAUACGAAUCCAUUUUUACUCUUUGAUGUUGUAAACAUUUUUUCUCAGUUUGUGGUGUAUUUUCUCACCUUUGUAUUGAUAUGCUUGGAAGAGCACAAGUUGUAAAUGUCCCCUCAACUUUGUAAUAUAAAAAAUUUCAGGAGUGCCUGGGUGGCUCUGUCGGUUAAGCGUCUGACUUUGGCUCAGGUCAUGAUCUCGUGGUUUGUGAGUUCAAGCCCUGCAUCAGGAUCUCUGCUGUCAGCACAGAGCCUGCUUUGGAUCCUCUGUCUCUCUCUCUAUAUAUACCCCUCCCCCACUAGCACACUAUCUCUCAAAAAUAUUUAAAAGAUUUAAAAAUUUUUUUCAUAUAAACACAAAAACAAUGAACCUCUAUAAGCCUUCCAUCCAGAUUUAACAAUUAAUAACAACUUGAUCCAAUUUGAAAGUAAAUUGAAAACAUGAUGAACUUUAACCUUUCAGUAUUUCACCAUGCAUUUCUUAAAAAGCAAGUGUCCUAUAUAACCACGAUAUUAUUAUCACAUUUAAGAAAAUUAACAAUAAGUGCACUUGACUGGCCCAGUCUAUAGAGCAUGAGACUCUUGAUUUUGAGGUCAUGAGUUGGAGUCUCAUGUUGCGUACAGAGAAAAGAAAAGUAACAAUAAUCCCAGAAUAAAUAAUAUAUAGUCUACAUUUGAAUUUCCCUGAAUAUCUCAAGAAUGUCAUUUUUAGGUAUUGAUUUGUUUUUAAUCCCAGACUCAACAUUCAUGCAUCACAUCUUGUUCUUGUCACUUUAUUCUCUUAAUCUAGAAGAGUUUCUUAUCCAUCCUUCCCACCUCAAAUGACAUUGACUUUUUGAAGAGUUCAGGCCAGAAUAUUUCUUAGAGUGUUUCAGAUUCUGGAAGUUGAUGGUAUCUUCAUUGUGUCUUCUAACUCUUCUCUAUUUCCCGUAAACUAGAAGUUAUGUCUAAAUGUUUGAUUAGAAUUAGGUUAUAUAUUUUGGGCAGAAAUCUUUAAGUUGAAUGUCAAAUUUAUUAGCCUUUCUCUGUGUGUUUCGUGUUUUUUAUAUUUUGUUCAAGAAGUCCUUAAUAAAGAUAUUCUCCUAUAUUCUAAAA